AUGAGAAUGUACGCUCCGGAAUCACUCAAGUACUUCAAGUUUUCCCACAAAUCCGAUAUAUGGAGUUUUGGGAUUGUAUUAUGGGAAAUGUAUAGCUAUGGAGAACAUCCACAAUAUGUCGAUCAAAACCAACAGAAUAUUCCUGAUUCAGAGCUGUUACAGGCGUUAGAGAAUCGGAUCCGACUCCCACUCCCAGAGGACUGUCCGCUUCAAGUCUAUCAGAUUAUGUUGAAGUGUUGGCAAAAGGAUUCACAUCUGAGGCCAUCAUUUAUGGUAUUUGUCGGCAAAAAGCCGGACAAAUCAAUUGAUACAUCGGACUGUUAUUUACAACAAUUUGUUAAAACACGAGUUUUAUUGUCCACAACACUCACUGAAGAUUUUAAUUCCACAUUGAAUGCGACCGCAAAAGCCAACAAAACCCGUGGAGAGGCUCCCCAGAACUUUCCCAGUGAUCUGUUCACUGACCAACAGCGCCGCAAUGGGGCCGUUAUAUUUCAUAUCGCGGGUCUUAUCUACAUGUUUGUCGCUCUGGCCAUUGUUUGCGACGAGUUUUUCAUACCAGCGCUCGAUGUGAUCACCGAAAAGUUAGAGAUCAGCGAAGACGUGGCCGGCGCUACCUUUAUGGUAGGAUUGGCAGCUGGAGGUUCAGCACCAGAAAUGAUCGAACAUCUCGAUAGGUCUUUAUCACUAGUGUCCGUUUGUCCCGAAGGACACCGGGUUCGGGAGUAUUGGGCAUGCAUUUGUAAUCGCAAUCCUACCCAUACCUGUGACCCGGGAGUAGAGCGUAAUGUCAUGAAAAGCUUGUCUUUGGGUCAGUUCCAAAGCUCUCUUAGACCCGUCCCGUGUGUUGUGAGCGGUUUGGGAAACGAUCUGAAGAAUUUUCCAACAUAUGAUCAAAAUAAUCACAGACUAGAACUCUAUAAGUUGUUUACAUCGAUAAUCGGGGUAUUCAUCAGUUUCGACGACGUGGGCAUCGGCACAAUCGUGGGAUCCGCUGUCUUCAACAUCUUGUUUGUGAUCUCGAUGUGUGCGAUCUUCUCGAAGAGUGUGUUAGUGCUCACGUGGUGGCCGCUCUUCAGGGAUGUCUCCUUUUAUUCAAUAAUUCUCACUAUGUUUUUGUUGUAUGAGGCGUUAAUGCUAUUGCUUUGGUACGCGGCAUACGUGACAUUCAUGAAAUACAACGAAGUGGUCGAGAAAUUUGUUAAAAAGAUUACCAAUCGAUCAAAAGUGGAUAAAAUACAGGCCGGAAAGUCUCAGUCGCCGCCACCAAAUAUGGGCCGCAAAAUGUCGACUCCAAUACUUCACGGCGGCUCUAAGUUUCGUCAGGGAGUGCUUCAGCUAAUGAUCCAUUCAAUCGAUCCCUUACACGAAGAGACCAUCAAUAAUACAGUCGGCGCUCGCAAUGACGCCGAUAAGAAGCGAUGCAUUCAUCCUCCCGGAGCCACCACUUGUACUCUCUGUGCCGAUGAGAAUAGCGGUUAUAACCCAAACGGGAACAGCAUUUUCCAUACGGCAAAGAUGGCCGUUCAGGCAAAUGAAAGUGAUAAUCAUAUGCUUAAAACACAUAACGGUUCGGUUGGCGCACAAAAUACACAGGAUACUGACGAACCGGACGAGCCGUUAGACAUGCGAUGGCCUAAAUCACCACAAAAGCAGUUAACUUACGUAUUGUUAGCACCGAUUAUAUUCCCUCUUUGGCUGACAUUACCUGAUGUUCGCCGACCUGCACGAGAGAAGAGAAAAUACUUUGCGGGAUCUUUUGUGGGAUCUAUUCUGUGGAUUGCCAUCUAUUCCUAUUUGAUGGUCUGGUGGGCAACAAUGGUCGGCAUAACUUUCGAUAUUCCCAAUGAGAUAAUGGGUCUCACAUUCUUAGCGGCCGGCACUUCAAUACCAGAUCUCAUAACAUCAGUAUUGGUGGCCCGCAAAGGCUUUGGAGAUAUGGCGGUCUCCAGUUCUGUCGGCAGUAAUAUAUUUGAUGUCACAGUCGGAAAAUAA